ACAUCGGUGGAAGUCCCCUCCGCCAUGUUGGGUGUCAGCGGUCUGUGACGGCAUUUGCGUCAGUCAAUGCGUGCGGAUGAGUUGAUUAUUGAGUGAAUAACCCACGAGAAACGUGAAAUUUUGUGUACAAGUGAUAUCGAGGGCCGCACAUCCGUACCAGGGACAAAAUAGCGGUGAAAAAUAUUGUAGAAAGACCGUAAAUCUCCGCCAGAAUGACGCAGUUGCUGCCCAUAAGGUUUCAGGAGCAUCUCCAGCUUACUGCUGUGGGAAUCAAUGCCAACAAUGUCAGCUUCAAUACACUUACGAUGGAGUCAGACAAAUUCAUUUGUGUACGAGAAAAGGUUGCGGACACAUCGCAAGUCGUCAUUAUCGAUAUGAAUGACUCCGCCAAUCCAAUUAGGAGACCAAUUUCAGCCGAUUCUGCAAUUAUGAAUCCUGCGAGUAAAGUAAUAGCUUUGAAAGCCCAAAAGACAUUGCAAAUCUUCAACAUUGAGAUGAAAUCAAAAAUGAAAGCGCAUACCAUGACGGAAGAUGUUGUAUUCUGGAAGUGGAUUUCCUUGAAUACGCUGGCCCUAGUCACUGAAACCGCUGUCUAUCAUUGGUCCAUGGAAGGGGAUUCUCAGCCUCAUAAAACAUUCGAUCGUCACGUAUCACUGAACGGAUGUCAGAUCAUAAACUACAGAACUGACCCAAAACAAACUUGGUUAUUAUUGAUCGGAAUUUCGGCGCAACAUAGCAGGGUCGUUGGUGCGAUGCAGUUGUAUUCCGUAGAACGCAAAUGUUCUCAACCAAUCGAAGGGCACGCUGCUUCCUUUGCGCAAUUCAAAAUGGAGGGCAAUGCAGAACCCAGCAAUCUGUUUUGCUUUGCUGUAAGGACUGUCCAAGGUGCUAAGUUGCACAUUAUAGAGGUUGGUCAACCCCCAGCUGGGAAUCAACCUUUUCCCAAGAAAGCAGUCGACGUUUUCUUUCCACCUGAAGCUGGAGGUGAUUUUCCAGUUGCAAUGCAGGUCAGCUCGAAAUAUGAUGUGAUAUAUUUAAUCACUAAAUACGGCUACAUCCAUAUGUAUGACAUAGAAUCAGCAACUUGUAUAUUUAUGAACCGUAUUUCUGGAGAAACAAUCUUUGUCACCGCUCCCCAUGAAGCUUCUGGGGGAAUUAUCGGAGUCAAUCGUAAAGGGCAAGUAUUGUCUGUUUCCGUCGAAGAAGAGAACAUUAUUCCAUAUAUCAAUGGAGUUCUACAGAAUCCUGAAUUAGCUCUGAGAAUGGCUGUUAGAAAUAAUUUGUCCGGAGCGGAAGACUUGUUUGUGAGAAAAUUCAACAUGCUUUUCCAAAAUGGCCAGUAUGCCGAGGCUGCUAAAGUUGCCGCCAAUGCUCCAAAAGGUAUCCUUAGGACUCCGGCAACAAUUCAGCGUUUUCAGCAGGUCCCAGCUACGCAGGGGCAGACGUCGCCGUUACUUCAAUACUUCGGUAUACUGUUGGAUCAAGGUCAACUAAACAAGUAUGAGUCGCUGGAACUCUGCCGUCCUGUGUUGGUGCAAGGGCGCAAGCAGCUUCUUGAAAAAUGGUUGAAGGAAGACAAAUUGGAAUGCAGUGAAGAAUUGGGGGAUCUUGUUAAACAAGCUGAUCCAACUCUUGCCUUGAGUGUUUACCUCAGGGCAAACGUACCCAACAAAGUUAUCCAAUGUUUCGCUGAGACUGGGCAAUUCCAAAAGAUUGUUCUGUAUGCCAAGAAGGUUUCUUACACUCCGGAUUAUGUAUUCUUGCUACGAAAUGUAAUGAGAAUUAAUCCUGACCAAGGUGUUGCCUUUGCACAAAUGUUGGUUCAAGAUGACGAACCUCUAGCUGACAUCAAUCAGAUUGUAGACAUAUUCAUGGAACAGAACAUGGUGCAACAGUGUACUGCAUUUUUGUUAGAUGCAUUGAAGAAUAAUCGAGCCAGCGAAGGUGCAUUACAAACUCGCUUAUUGGAAAUGAAUUUGAUGUCUGCUCCCCAAGUGGCCGAUGCCAUACUUGGGAAUCAAAUGUUUACGCACUAUGAUCGUGCUCAUGUUGCACAGUUGUGCGAGAAAGCAGGCCUUCUACAACGAGCUCUGGAGCAUUACACAGACUUAUACGACAUUAAGCGAGCUGUAGUCCACACGCAAAUGCUGUCGCCUGAUUGGCUAGUUGGAUUCUUUGGUACUUUAUCUGUAGAAGAUUCUUUGGAAUGCUUGAAAGCCAUGCUAACUGCAAAUAUGAGACAAAACUUGCAGAUCUGUGUACAGAUAGCAACUAAGUACCAUGAACAACUGACGACCAAGGCUUUGAUUGAUUUGUUCGAGAGCUUUAAAUCAUACGAAGGAUUGUUCUAUUUCCUUGGAUCCAUUGUGAACUUCAGUCAAGAUCAAGAAGUUCAUUUCAAAUAUAUCCAAGCUGCCUGUAAGACAGGACAGAUCAAGGAAGUCGAAAGAAUUUGUCGUGAGAGCAAUUGCUACAAUGCGGAAAGAGUCAAGAAUUUCUUGAAGGAAGCAAAAUUGUCGGAUCAACUGCCUCUUAUCAUUGUUUGCGAUCGAUUCGAUUUUGUGCACGAUCUCGUUUUGUACUUGUACAGAAAUAAUCUACAAAAAUACAUCGAGAUAUACGUUCAAAAGGUCAACCCAUCGAGAUUACCCGUUGUAAUUGGUGGAUUGUUGGAUGUCGACUGUUCAGAAGAUAUAAUAAAAAACCUCAUUCUUGUCGUCCGAGGUCAGUUCUCUACGGACGAACUGGUCGAGGAGGUUGAAAAACGUAAUCGACUAAAGCUCUUAUUGCCUUGGCUGGAAUCUCGUGUUCACGAAGGUUGUGUGGAGCCUGCCACCCACAAUGCUUUAGCUAAAAUUUAUAUCGAUAGUAACAAUAAUCCUGAGAGAUUCCUGAAGGAAAAUCAGUUCUACGAUAGCCGCGUCGUCGGUAAAUAUUGCGAGAAACGUGAUCCUCAUUUAGCAUGUGUAGCGUACGAACGUGGCCAAUGCGAUCGCGAAUUGAUCAGCGUUUGCAAUGAAAAUAGUCUUUUCAAAAGUGAAGCCAGAUAUUUGGUCAGACGACGAGAUCCUGAUCUCUGGGCCGAGGUUCUCUUGGAAAGUAAUCCCUACAAGCGACCACUUAUUGAUCAGGUGGUUCAAACUGCACUGUCAGAGACCCAAGAUCCAGAAGACAUUUCUGUAACCGUAAAGGCCUUCAUGACAGCUGACUUGCCAAAUGAAUUGAUUGAAUUGCUUGAAAAAAUUGUACUCGACAGCAGUGUCUUUAGUGAUCAUCGUAAUCUACAAAAUCUGCUGAUUUUGACAGCUAUAAAAGCCGAUCGCACACGUGUUAUGGAGUACAUAAAUCGUCUGGACAACUAUGAUGCACCCGAUAUAGCCAACAUUGCUAUCAGUAACAAAUUAUUCGAAGAAGCCUUUGCCAUUUUCCGGAAAUUCGAUGUCAACACAUCAGCUAUUCAAGUGUUGAUCGAACAAGUGAAUAAUUUGGAUAGGGCGUACGAAUUUGCCGAAAGAUGCAACGAACCAGCAGUGUGGUCACAGCUGGCCAAAGCUCAGCUACAACAGGGUCUAGUGAAAGAGGCCAUUGACAGUUUCAUCAAAGCUGAUGAUCCAUCAGCAUACGUCGAUGUAGUUGAGACUGCCCAUCGAACUUCCCACUGGGAAGAUCUUGUUCGCUACUUGCAAAUGGCUCGCAAGAAGGCGAGAGAGUCCUUUGUUGAAAGCGAACUCAUUUAUGCAUAUGCUCGUACCAACCGCCUUGCUGAUCUUGAAGAGUUUAUCUCUGGUCCAAAUCACGCCGAUAUUCAAAAGAUUGGCGAUCGUUGUUUCGAUGACAAAAUGUACGAUGCAGCAAAACUUUUGUAUAACAACGUAUCUAACUUUGCUCGAUUAGCGAUUACUCUUGUUCACUUAAAAGAGUUUCAAGGAGCCGUCGAUAGCGCUCGUAAAGCAAACUCUACACGGACAUGGAAAGAAGUGUGUUUUGCUUGUGUGGACAGCGGAGAAUUUCGAUUGGCUCAAAUGUGUGGUCUACACAUAGUUGUUCAUGCCGACGAGCUUGAGGACUUGAUCAAGUAUUACCAAGAUCGAGGACACUUUGAAGAACUCAUCAAUCUAUUGGAGGCUGCAUUAGGUUUGGAGAGGGCUCACAUGGGAAUGUUCACAGAACUUGCUAUUCUAUACAGCAAGUACAAGCCACAACGGAUGCGUGAGCAUCUUGAUCUCUUCUGGUCCCGUGUCAACAUACCGAAGGUAUUGCGCGCCGCAGAACAAGCUCAUUUAUGGGCAGAGCUUGUAUUCUUGUAUGACAAAUAUGAAGAAUUUGAUAACGCGGUACUAGCGAUGAUGCAACAUCCAACAGAAGCGUGGCGUGAAGGUCAUUUCAAAGAUGUGAUCACCAAGGUGGCUAACGUGGAGUUGUACUACAAGGCAAUCCAAUUCUAUGUCGAAUACAAGCCACUGUUGCUGAAUGAUGUUCUACUUGUCCUUGCGCCAAGAAUGGACCAUACAAGAGCGGUUGCUUACUUUACUCGCACAGGACAUUUGCAACUUGUGAAGCCUUACCUUAGAUCGGUCCAAUCUUUGAACAACAAAGCUAUAAACGAAGCAUUGAAUGGUCUCCUGAUUGACGAAGAAGAUUAUCAAGGCUUGAGGACGUCAAUAGAUGCUUUUGAUAACUUUGAUAAUAUUGCUCUCGCUCAGCAGCUUGAGAAACACGAACUAAUCGAGUUUAGAAGAAUUGCGGCGUACCUGUACAAAGGCAAUAACAGAUGGAAACAAUCGGUUGAACUUUGCAAAAAAGACAGGCUAUUCCGAGAUGCCAUGGAGUAUGCCGCUGAGUCUAGGAAUGCAGAGGUAGCUGAGGAACUGCUAGAAUGGUUCUUGGAGAGAGGAUCAAAAGAUUGUUUCGCAGCUUGCCUCUUCUACUGUUACGACUUGCUUCAUCCUGAUGUAAUUUUAGAACUGGCCUGGAGGCACAGAAUCCUUCACUUCGCAAUGCCUUAUCUAAUCCAAGUUGCCCGAGAGUACAUUACCAAGGUUGAUAAACUCGAAGAAGCUGAGAGCCAGCGCUUGGAAGAAACGGAUCAACAGGAGCACAAACCAAUGAUCAUGCCUGAGCCACAGUUGAUGUUGACAGCAGGGCCAGGAAUGAUGGCACCUGGAUACGCACCUCAAAGUGUUUAUGCACCUCCAGGUCAAGGAGUUUAUGCACCACCUACUGCAGCCUAUCAAGGCUACGGUAUGUGAGACACAUUUCACAACACGUUCCACAAUGAUCAACAAUACCUACUUUUCUAUAAGGUUUAGCUAGAGCAAGGUUCCAUUAAUAUUGAUACGUUACAGUCAACCGUCGGAAAUCUGCUGUCUGACAAAUAUCUUGACAUGUCAAGUUAGUAGUUGCAAAGAAAAAAAGAAUUCAAUGAACGAAAAAAUUAAUAAACUAGUAUAACUAGAAACAUGUAUUCUACACAACACAAUCUACCGCUGUAAUAAUUGUCAAGUAUUCAAUCUCAAAAAACGUCUCAUGUAAAAAAAAAAUGAAAAAUAAGUACUAAUACCGAUAUUCCUGAAAAAAAGCAUUUUGUGGGCGCAAAAAAAAUUAGUAUAAAUUAGAGGAUUUAUGAAUAAUUAAAAAAAAAGUAUAUAAUAUGUAUAUGGUAUGUUCAUUAGGCUGCUUUACGUAACUGAGUAACAAUAGUAUCGAAUUGACAAUUUUACGGGGCAAUCAACGUUGAGGGGGGCUAUAAUUAUAUGUUCUUGACAUAUCCAUAGUUACUUGUUUAAUGGCAGAUUUUUUAACAUGGCCAUUAAAAAAAAAUGGUAUGUCCGAAGUAAUGACACGAUUUAAAAAUCGUUCAGAAUUAUUUGAAAAGCUCCAGUUUGCGCCAUGCUAACAGUUGAUCUGAAUACAAUAAGCUUAAAAUUUUUUAAGGAAAAUGUCUUCCUUAAUAAUCGGAAUUGCAUGGAUGACAGGAGCAAGAAUAUCAAUGGAUUUUUAAAUGAUGUUAAUACUGCGAUAGCAUUUCUCUACUAUACUUCAAUAGCAAUCAUUUAACGCGUAAAAAAAUGUUGAAUUAACAUUUCAUCGAUUAGUCAUAGAAAUAGUGACUGGUUUGUCAAUUCAAUUGAAUUCGAAAGUUACCGUUCUAUGGUAUCAGAAUAAAUAUUUACAGUGGUACGUCACAAAAUAUCUUUUUCCGGCAUACCUGUGUAUGUUUAACUGUUUCGUUGAAAAAUGUACUAACGGAAUGAUUAACGCGUUUAUCAUUUGAGAAAAAUUUGUUUCAAUAAGUUUAUAAGUCUUAACGUAACACAUUGAUAAUUUUAGAUUGCCCCUAAUUAUUGAAUGGGACAGUGAACACGUCACACGAGUCUGAUUCGGUGGAUGUAUAAACAUUAAUCCAAAUCACAUGACAAGAGCAUCGUUAUUAAUUAUUAACUGCAUGUUGAGGGAUGAGAUAAACUCAAAUACACUAAUUAUUUCUCGUGAGGGAUCGAUUAGGGUACAAUUCUUAGUUCCGUUUUUGAUUCUUCAGACCUGUGUAAUUUGUUUACUGAUCCUUCAAGUUAUGGUAAAUAAAUUGUAAGAAUUCGUUAGGAACUGGUGGUGCGUGCGCAAAGUACGCGACAUUCCCAAAACUCUAUCAUUGCACUUAUCUUUUCAACAUAGCUAAAUCAAACUGAUCGUGAAUGAAAUUUUUGGAAAUGAAGUGGUUAGUGAUUCAUUAUUUGGAUAGGGAUUCAACCAAUCCACAUCGCAUGUUGUUAUUAUAAUAUCAUGAUUAUUUGAAUAUUUUGAAAUACUAUUAUAACUAAUUAUUGCAAAAAGCAAACAAAAAAGCAAGGAUUAUUAGUAAUUAUACAUAUAUAUUAUAAAUAUAUAAUUAUAUUAUUAUAUAUUAUAUUGGUAUUUAGUGUAACAUGUAAGUAGUAGACAAAAAUAUGAUAUGAAUUAAUAAUAUUAUUGAAAAAAAAAAUGAAUAAAUGAUACAGAAGGUAAAUAUCAUGAAUGGGUGAUUGAAGAACUGGAUUGCAUUCAAUUGUUUUUGCUGUAAAAUAUAACAACUGUGUCAAGUGGAUAUGCACAGUGAGAAAUAAACAAAUGCCUGUUUGACGAA